UAAAAGACACUAAACUUUAAUCCAGUGUAGACAAAAUAAAACUUCUUAGUUCAGUGAAGCAAAGUUACAGUACCACAAAGAUGCAGAAAUUUGUCCUCCUUCUUCUAACAGCAGUUACUAUAGGCUGCUAUGCAGAGAUUGAUACAAGCCAAUGCUACAAUGCCCCAAAGGGGACCCUGUACUAUCUCUACAAAAACUGUCGCAAGGCUUCUGACAGUCGUCAGACCAGGUGCAUGAAUGUUGUUGAUCGGUACUGCUCUGAUGUAGAGUUUGCUUUUGUUGGUAAAAUGCGUCACACUACAGGAGGAGUAAUGAGGGCCGUGAACACCACUACAAAUGAAAUCUUUCUCUCAUGUUUCAAGACAGCAUACAAAGGUCAAGUCGAAAUAAGCUCUCUUCUGAAUCACGUCCCUACGUGCAAUCAUCUUUCUAAAAUUCAAUCAGGGGAUUGCUUGCUGGCAAUCAGCAGAUACUGUCAACUAGUAAAAGGUCGUUCCUCUUCUGGUUUUGCAUAUAGCACUUCAGUCAGUCAUGCUAAUAUUGCUUGUUAUGAUUCAGCAAAUCAGAGUCAAAUUUCAACAAAUAUUUUGGCUUCGUAUAAUUCUAAUUGUGAUAAUUCAAACAAGAGUGCAAGCUCUGAUUGCUUCAAUGCUGCUUGCCUUUGGUGCGAGGAUGAAGGAUAUGAUGGUGGCAUUACACAGGGCAGUAAUGACACUGAUAUCAUUGUUUCGUGUUACAAUGACUAUUUUCGCAAACAUGUCAAGGUCCGAAACAUUAAGACACAAGGAUGAGCAAAGCACGAGUGGGAUAAAAUCCCAUUAUUGAACAACUAUAUACUGUCCAUUUAUUCUUGUUUUGUUCUGUUCUGUUACUUGUAACUAAUUAGUUUUAUUAAUAA